AUGUCCUUUAGUCAGAUGUCAGAUUGCAAAGUGCUUGAUAUGGUUGCCCAAAAUAUGAUUGUUUUAAAAAAAGAAUUCUCACAAUUACAAGGCGCCUAUGAAGCGCAACAUGACCAAAUAGCGUUGCUGAGGGCGGAACUUGAAGAACAUUGCGACCAAUCGCGUAAUCAACAUAUUUUUUAUUCAAACCAAAUUCAAGGGGCGGCUGCUUCCAUCCAGGCUGUGCAAGAUCAGCUUCUUCACCAAUCUUCCUCUCGUUCCACAGUUCCACCCCCACCGCCUCCACCUUCUGGCACUGCCACUUCUAUCAAUCCCCCACCUGCCUCUACGUCUUCUAAUUCCGAUCUGAAAUUUGCCAAGCCAAACAAGUUCAGUGGCAAAAAAGAAGAUGCCCUCAAUUUUAUCAUUGCCUGCCAGGCUUACAUAAGAGCAAAAGGAGCAACCCAAUCCCAUGAAGAAAAAAUUUUGUGGAUAACAUCAUAUUUGAGGGAGCAGCAGAAGAUUGGGGGAGAAGCGGUCCCCCUUUUGGAAAAUAUUGAUGCAUUUUGGGCGGAAUUCACUAAACAUUAUGUGGAUACUAAUUGCAAUGAGAAGUAUUGCCAAAAAUGGAACAACUUGCGACAGAAGGCUUUGGUCCAGGAGUAUACUUGUGAAUUUCAACAAUACUCUGUCUCCUUGGGAUAUAGCAAUGAGACUCUGCGCAACAAGUACUACGAUGGACUUAAGAAUGAUAUUAAGGAUAUCAUGCUCUCCACCAUGUUCCAAUGGCGUCGUGCUACUGCCCAACAAGUUUAUGACAAGGCAGAAGAAAUUGCAAUCACAUUGAAUCCACUUGGCUAUCCAAUCCCUCUACCUCUACCGCUUGGGUUACUUCCACCGUUGUUCCCACUUCCACUUCCAAUCCCACUCCUACGCUGUUAUGGAUUAGAAUACUAUAGUAAAGAAUGGCAAAGAUAUGAUGAAGGAAGCAAUUCCUGGGAGCCAAUUGAUAAUGUGGCCAAUGCCAAGGAAGCAAAAGAAGAGUUCCAUAAGGAGUACCCUGAUGCAGUUGGAGCUUGA